AUGUUUGGAAUAGUUGCCGCCUUGGGAUUAUCAAUUGCAGUCAGUAUGCUCAGUAUGAUCCCGGAUGCAGAAUAUAAUCUUGCGGCAAACGCAGUCAAACGAUUUGAGAAUAGUGUAUUCGAUUAUUUUCAUAAAGAUGCUGUCGGUGUUAAAUUGGCCCAUGGUGUAAGUUUGUUCAAAGAAGCUGGAGUGAUUGCUUUUAAACGAAGAUUAGAAAGAGCAAAAACCCAAAAAGACACGGCUUCGAUGAUCCUAAGCUUUUUGAACCCGUUCACGUAG